GGUGGGGAGAAACGAUGUGCGGCCGACAUGUCCUGCAUCAGGGCGCGUGGCCAUCAAAGCCCCUGGUGGACGUGGUGGAUCCCAAGCAGCUCGUGACCAACGCCUGCCUCAUCAAGGAAGUGGACAUCUACACGGUGAAGGUGGAGGAGCUGACGUUCACGGCGCCCUUCUGCCUGCAGGUGAAGCGCAACGAUUACGUGCACGCGCUGGUGGCCUACUUCAACAUCGAGUUCACGCGCUGCCACAAGAGAACCGGCUUCUCCACCAGCCCCGAGUCGCCGUACACGCACUGGAAGCAGCCGGUGUUCUACAUGGAGGGAAAACAGGGAAAAGGA